UCCACACCUGAAACCAACCGAAGUCGUACUGUUCGAGGAAAAGAAUAGAAGGAAGAAAAAAGACGAAAGUAACAUGUCCGACGCGUAUUGCUCAGACUGCAAGAGGCAGACGGAGGUGGUGUUCGACCACUCUGCAGGGGAUACCGUGUGCUCCGAGUGCGGCCUCGUUCUUGAGUCCCACUCCAUCGACGAGACCUCCGAGUGGCGAACUUUCGCCAACGAAUCGGGCGAUAACGACCCCGUCCGUGUCGGCGGCCCCACCAACCCCCUCUUGGCCGACGGUGGCCUUUCCACCGUCAUAGCCAAACCCAACGGUGCCACCGGUGAGUUCCUCUCGUCCUCACUCGGCCGCUGGCAGAACCGCGGCUCCAACCCCGAUCGGGGGCUAAUCCUCGCCUUCAAGACCAUCGCCACUAUGUCUGAUAGGUUAGGCCUUGUUGCAACCAUUAAGGACCGAGCUAAUGAGAUAUAUAAGAGGGUGGAAGAUCAGAAGUCUAGUAGAGGAAGAAACCAGGAUGCACUAUUGGCUGCUUGCCUGUACAUUGCUUGUCGACAAGAAGAUAAGCCACGCACUGUAAAGGAAAUUUGCUCUGUCGCCAAUGGAGCCACAAAGAAGGAAAUUGGCCGAGCAAAAGAAUACAUAGUGAAACAACUGGGGUUGGAGAAUGGCCAGUCGGUGGAAAUGGGAACAAUUCAUGCUGGGACUUCAUGGUGAGAUUUUUUUCUCUGAAAUAAACGAUUUUGUUCCAAUCUUGGUAUGAAUAAUCAAGCGGUUAAAGCUGCCCAAGAAGCUGUAACAAAGUCAGAAGAGUUUGAUAUAAGGAGGAGCCCUAUAUCAAUUGCAGCAGCAGUCAUUUACAUUAUCACCCAGCUUUCAGAUGAUAAGAAACCUCUUAAAGAUAUUUCAGUUGCUACUGGAGUUGCAGAAGGGACAAUAAGGAAUUCCUACAAGGAUCUUUAUCCCCAUGUAUCAAAGAUAAUUCCAGGCUGGUAUGCCAAGGAGGAGGAUAUCAAGAACCUUUGCAGCCCUUGAAAUGUAGAGCAAACAACAACGGAAAAAUUAGCAUUGCCAAGUUGGUUUUGCCGUUUUGAGGGGCGUUCGAUCUCUCGGAUGUAUUUAACUCUUUUACAUACGAACAAUGAAGAACUCGGCAUCUUCCUUAUUUUA